UCCUGAGAAAUGUCUUUCUGAUCUUACCACAUUUUUUGAUUUUUAUGUAUUCCUGAGUUUGUUGUUGUAAUAUAAAUGUGAAAUGUGCAUAUUUGCAUGGAAGAUUCUUUUUCCUGCUUCUCUGUCUCACGUGUUUAUCACCCCAUCCACUUUUUCAUUACUUCUUAUUCUGUAAGUGCCAUAAGUACCUAAAUACUGAAACCAAUGACAGAGUCAUUAUCCUAGAUAAUAGCCGUCUUGGUCAACAGAGGGUUAGCUGUAGGUUCAAGAACAGGUUUCCUUAAAAUUGCUAAAGCCUUCUGGUGGCUGACAUCACCAUCACACUCAAACUUCGCAAGUCAGGUUGGUGUGUGCCGAGGAAGGAGGAGGCAACAAAAGACAUUUUUACACUUCGGAAAGGAACCAAAAUGCAGAAUAGCUGAUCAGCUUCCCUGGAUUUCGCUGACGCCACAGGAAAGCUUUGCCUGAAGAUGGAAACACUGGAGUCGGAACUGACCUGCCCUAUCUGUCUGGAGCUGUUUGAAGACCCGCUGCUGCUGCCCUGUGCUCACAGCCUCUGCUUCAACUGCGCGCACCGCAUCCUCGUCUCCCACUGCGCCACCAACGAGCCGGUGGAGUCUAUCACCGCCUUCCAGUGCCCCACCUGCCGCUAUGUCAUCACCCUCAGCCAGCGUGGCUUAGAGGGGCUCAAGCGCAACGUCACCCUGCAGAACAUCAUUGACCGGUUUCAGAAAGCCUCCGUGAGCGGGCCCAACUCCCCCAGUGAGACCCGCCGGGAGCGGGCUUUCGACAGCAACAGCAUGUCAUCCUGCGAGAAGGUCCUCUGCCAGUUCUGCGACCAGGACCCUGCCCAGGAGGCGGUGAAGACCUGCGUUACCUGCGAGGUCUCUUACUGCGAGGAGUGCCUGAAAGCCACUCACCCCAACAAGAAGCCCUUCACUGGCCACCGGCUGAUCGAGCCCAUCCCAGACUCUCACAUCAGGGGAUUAAUGUGCUUGGAGCACGAGGACGAGAAGGUUAACAUGUACUGCGUGACUGAUGACCAGCUGAUCUGUGCCUUGUGCAAGCUGGUCGGACGGCACCGUGACCAUCAGGUGGCAGCUUUAAGCGAGCGCUAUGACAAGUUAAAGCAAAAUUUGGAGAGUAACCUCACCAACCUUAUUAAGAGGAAUACUGAACUGGAAACUCUUUUGGCGAAACUCAUUCAGACCUGUCAACACGUAGAAGUAAAUGCAUCCCGUCAAGAAACCAAGCUGAUGGAAGAAUGUGACCAGCUCAUUGAAAUUAUCCAGCAAAGACGACAAAUAAUUGGAACCAAAAUCAAGGAAGGAAAGGUGGUAAGGUUGAGAAAACUGGCUCAACAGAUUGCGAACUGCAAACAGUGCAUAGAGCGCUCGACGUCCCUCAUCUCUCAGGCUGAGCAGUCUUUGAAGGAGAACGAUCAUGCUCGCUUCCUGCAAACUGCUAAAAAUAUCACUGAAAGGGUUUCCAUGGCAACUGCAUCCUCCCAGGUUCUAAUUCCUGAAAUUAAUCUCAAUGAUACUUUCGAUACUUUCGCACUUGAUUUUACCAGGGAGAAGAAAUUGUUGGAAUGCCUUGAUUAUCUUACAGCUCCCAACCCUCCCACCAUUCGAGAAGAGCUCUGUACAGCUUCUUAUGAUACUAUUACUGUCCACUGGACAUCGGAUGAUGAAUUCAGCGUGGUCUCUUAUGAGCUGCAGUACACCAUCUUCACUGGACAAGCUAAUGUUGUUAGUUUAUGUAACUCAGCCGACAGCUGGAUGAUUGUUCCCAAUAUCAAACAAAACCACUACACCGUGCAUGGGUUGCAGAGUGGCACUAAGUACAUCUUCAUUGUUAAGGCCAUUAAUCAGGCUGGCAGCAGAAACAGUGAGCCCGGCAAGCUCAAGACAAACAGUCAGCCAUUUAAACUGGACCCCAAAUCUGCUCACAGAAAAUUGAAAGUGUCUCAUGAUAACUUGACAGUGGAACGUGAUGAAACCUCCUCCAAAAAGAGUCAUACACCAGAGCGAUUCACGAGCCAAGGGAGCUAUGGAGUAGCUGGCAAUGUGUUCAUUGACAGCGGACGGCAUUACUGGGAAGUGGUUAUAAGUGGGAGUACAUGGUAUGCCAUUGGUAUUUCAUACAAGUCAGCCCCAAAGCAUGAGUGGAUUGGGAAGAACUCUGCCUCCUGGGUGCUGUGCCGCUGUAACAACACGUGGGUGGUACGACACAACAGCAAGGAAAUCCCAAUAGAGCCUGCGCCUCACCUGCGCCGUGUUGGCAUUUUGCUGGACUACGACAAUGGUUCCCUCGCCUUUUAUGAUGCCUUGAACUCCCUGCACCUUUACACAUUUGACAUUACAUUUGGGCAGCCCGUGUGCCCCACAUUCACUGUGUGGAAUAAGUGUUUGACCAUUAUAACUGGCUUGCCUAUCCCUGACCACUUAGACUCCUCUGAACAGCUGGCAUGACUGCUACAAUCUAAAAGGUAGGAGGACGCGUUUCCUGAGGGCAGCUGCCUGCAGCAGCUUACCAGAGCUGGCAGACUGCAUGGCAUCCCAGUUGUUGCUGUCGAACCUGGGCAGAAGUGAAAAGGGAAGAAUCUGUCUUUCCUAAGUACUUUGUGCAGGACAAGAAGUGGCUUUAAUAAUACUUUAGAACUCUUUUUGCAGUUGCUUUUGUUUUGAUUUGUAUUUAGUAUCUUACAGGAAGAUUUAUAAAUUAUUUAUAAAAAAAAAGAAAAAAGGAAAAAAAAAAAAAAAAAGAAAAAGAAAGAAAGAGAGAGAGAGGGAGAGAAAAGGGAAAGCCUGGAUACCUGGAAAAUGACUUAUUUGCUUUGCACAUUGAUGGUCCUAUUCAUUAAAGUUUCAUCAGCCCCUCUACAUCUUUUUGUUUUACAGUGGAUAAAAGCAGGAAAUUGGAAGGAAGAAAACUGUGCAGUGGACAAGUCAGUAUACUGCUGGUUUUAUUCAUGCCAAUAUUAGUGCUCUCAUUACUGAUCUUAUUGAACGCAAGGUCUCUUAAUUUCUACUUUCCACAUGGGAAUGUGCAGACCAAAUAGAAUGAAAAUAAACAAGCAAGGAAGUGGAGCUAGCCAACACAGCAAACGAAGAAAGUUUAAUUUACUUCUAUUCAUGGUGCAGUAUGUUCUCUGUUCAUAAAACUCAUGUGGAGUAUCUCCUAGAAAUGUGAGUGUAUAAAUCAUCUGGUGAUUUAUUUUAUUGAUGGCAACAUUCCCAUCUGCAGUGUUUCACUCUCAUGUUUGGGAAACAUUGUAGAAUCACUGAGGAUGUGAAAGACUGAUACCAUCUCUGAAAAUCAACAACACUGGAGGAGAGCAGCCAAUCCAAGGUCUGACUGUAGACUAAUUUGAUAAAGCACUGCAUCAUUUAAGGUUUGAUUGUAACGGAAGACGUCAUGGUUCUGAUGGUAGACAUGUGAAUGCUUAUUUCUGUUUUUACAAGGUUCAACACAGCAAGCCCAGCCAAUAACUCAGAAGUGAGACAUGAGCCACCUUACUGUUGAUUUUAAAUUAAAUACAAAUGUUUCAUUGUUGUACACUAUGUAGUAUCUAUAACAAAGCAAGGAAAUUCAUUUUGCAUGUGCUGUAUGGAGAAACACUACAGCUGGAGUUUGUUCAUAAUUAUCUUUGUCUUGGGUUGUUUGGGGAAGCACAGUUCUCUUUGUGAAUGAGGAGUAAAUAACAAUUUUUCAGCAGCAGUAGGAAUCUGCACAGGCAGGCCCUACAUUCAUCUUGUUGUUGGUGGAUGAACUUCAAUGAAGUCAAUAGAGGUUGUACCUAUUUUAUCUCAAAGCUGAAUCAGGAGCAUUUUUUUUCUCUUUCCUUUCUACAGAGUAGAAACGCUUUGUAACUACUACAAUACUUAUAUAAAAUGAUCAUUUUGGAAGAUGUUUGAGGCAUAUGACAACUUUAAAAGAAUGGUUUUCUUAUGGUGUUUUGUUGUUACUAUGCAAGUGGUGAAAAUCUGUCUGUGUAGAAAGAGGAUAAGUUGAAUACCAGCUUUAAAAAAAGUUUUUCUCAGUAAUUACCAUGCUUUAGGUGUCCUUCGAAAUGGAUGCUUUAAUGCACUUUGUUCACUAAUGGGUCCAGAAUAAAAUGGUCCCAAACUCAGCUUCAGAUUUUUAAAAAUACUGUUUCUGCAGGUACAAAGCUGCACUACAGUUUGCCUUAUGAUAUAGAAAACUUAGGAGCAAGGUAAUGAACACAUACAUGUCUACAGGGUUUAUUUUUCCAUUUUUUAACAGAAAAUAAAUGUCUGUCCAUAUACCUUUCAUUUCACUUUACAUGCUCUGCUAACUGGUGAAUUAAAUGGAGAAAAGUGUGACAGUACAAUGCUGGUACCAUGGCUUUCUGAUGCAGUAGUAUCUCAUGGUUCACAGGAAAGAUUGGUGCAGAAUUGACAUAAAUACCAGAAAAUAUGUACAUACAGUGUACUGCAGUGUUUAUCUUUGUGUCUUUAGUAAUAAAUAAAUGGAUAUGCUCAAAAAUGAAAAAGUAAAUUAAUCCCCAAACAUUGUGUUUUGUAUCUGAAUACGUUGCUACCUCUACUACCUCGUGUGCAUUGCCCAGAUAAUCUGGCCUGGGUUGUUUGGAAGGUAGCUGAGAUGGCAUGAAAAUUAUUAUAAUGAGUUGACAGGUGAUGACUGAUAUGGAGUAGUGAUAAAAAUGUACAGGGGGAAUGGAGUCUUAAUGUAGGAUUUUUGCCAAUUUUUCAUCCAACAGGAAAGGGUAUAUUACCACAGUACAAGUGGCAAAGCUGUGUGCCUCCUCUUUUGCCAGAAAUAUUAAUUCUAGAAGCUGAUUUAAGUAGUGGACAAACUGAAAACACUGUUCAGUGUUUGGCCAUAAAAUGUUAGCAGAGAUUGAGCUGGAUGGAAUUAAUACCAUGAAUUUGGAAAGAUCCCCAGUGAUCUCACAUAUUUUCAUUUUAAAAAUAAACUGUGAGUUCAAAGACAGAUCAUUGUUUUGGUGAAAGGAAAAACAAAUGGUCUGUAAUCUACAGGCCUUGCUGUAUCAUUUAUAUUUUAAUACAGAAUACUUCAUUUGAAGCUAAGCCACAUUGCUUCAGUACAGUAUUAAUUUAGUCAGUACAUUAUGUGCUUAUGUGUUUGUGUAUAUAUAUGUAUGGGUAUACACACACUAGUGUAUGUACAAAUAUAGUGUAAUGUGUGUAUAUACAUACAUACAUGCACAUACAGAAUGACAGUAACUAGUCAGAUGCUCCUUUUUUCUUGUUUCUUGAAUUAUUUCGUAUUCUGUAUGGACUAUGAGGAAACAAGUUUACUAUGAAUGGUGUUCAUCUGGACAAUUUUUAACAAAGAAAAUCUGUUCACUUUACAAUAUAUAAUUCAAUGCCUGAUUAAUCAAUAAAAGCAUCCAUUCGAAACCAUA